AUGCCAGGGAUUGUCGUGUUCCGCCGUCGCUGGUCUGUAGGCAGCGAUGACCUGGUUUUGCCAGCCGUCUUCCUCUUCCUCCUGCAUACCACCUGGUUUGUGAUCCUCUCUGUGGUGCUCUUUGGGCUGGUGUACAACCCCAACGAGACCUGCUCGCUUAACCUGGUGGACCACGGCAGAGGCUACCUGGGCAUCCUGAUCAGUUGUAUGAUCGCAGAGGUGGCAAUCAUCUGGCUCAGCAUGCGAGGCAGUAUCCUGUACACAGAGCCCCGGGACUCGAUGCAGUAUGUGCUCUAUGUCAGACUGGCUAUCUUGGUGAUUGAGUUUGUGUAUGCUAUUGUGGGCAUCGUUUGGCUAACGCAGUACUACGCUUCCUGCAAUGAUAUCACAGCAAAGAGUGUCACUUUGGGAAUGGUGGUGUGCAACUGGGUUGUCAUCCUGAGCGUCUGCAUCACUGUCCUGUGCGUCUUCGACCCGACAGGCCGGACCUUUGUCAAACUGCGUGCCACGAAGCGGAGACAGCGCAACCUGAGGACAUACAACCUGCGACACCGCCUGGAAGAGGGGCAAGCCAGCAGCUGGACGCGCAGACUCAAAGUUUUUCUUUGCUGCACACGAACAAAAGACUCUCAGUCGGACGCCUACUCUGAAAUCGCCUACCUUUUUGCUGAGUUUUUCCGAGACCUUGACAUCGUCCCAUCUGACAUCAUUGCAGGCCUGGUUCUUCUGCGCCAACGACAGCGGGCAAAGCGCAACGCCGUGCUGGACGAGGCAAACAAUGACAUUUUAGCUUUUCUGUCUGGGAUGCCAGUGACCCGGAACACAAAGUAUCUGGAUCUGAAAAAUGCGCAAGAGAUGCAGCGGUACAAAGAGGUGUGUUACUACAUGCUGUUUGCACUGGCUGCCUAUGGCUGGCCCAUAUACCUGAUGAGGAAGCCCACAUGUGGACUCUGUCGCCUGGCCAGAUCCUGCUCAUGUUGCUGCCUCUGUCCUUCACGUCCCCGCUAUGCACCAAGUGUCACUAUUGAAGAGGAUAAUUGCUGUGGCUGCAAUGCCAUUGCCAUCCGGCGUCACUUCUUGGAUGAGAAUAUGACCUCAGUGGACAUUGUUUACACAUCUUGCCACGAUGCAGUUUAUGAAACGCCUUUCUAUGUGGCUGUGGACCACGAUAAGAAGAAGGUGGUCAUUAGUAUCCGAGGAACUCUGUCUCCAAAAGAUGCCCUGACUGACCUAACUGGGGAUGCAGAGCGCCUUCCAGUUGAGGGGCACCAUGGAACAUGGCUGGGACACAAGGGAAUGGUGCUAUCUGCUGAGUACAUCAAGAAGAAACUGGAGCAAGAAAUGGUGCUUUCUCAAGCUUUUGGACGAGACUUAGGGAGAGGAACAAAACACUAUGGCCUGAUUGUGGUCGGUCAUUCUCUAGGGGCUGGCACAGCUGCCAUCCUGUCCUUCCUUUUGCGUCCGCAGUACCCAUCGCUGAAGUGCUUUGCCUAUUCUCCCCCAGGGGGGCUGCUGAGUGAGGAUGCCAUGGAGUAUUCAAAAGAGUUUGUGACUGCAGUCGUGCUUGGCAAAGAUCUAGUGCCCAGAAUUGGUCUGUCUCAGCUGGAGGGAUUUCGCCGGCAGCUUCUGGAUGUUCUUCAGAGGAGUAACAAGCCAAAGUGGCGAAUCAUUGUGGGUGCUACAAAAUGCAUACCCAAGUCAGAGCUCCCUGAAGAGACGGAAGAAAAUUCAGUGACAAGUAAUCGCCUCUGGACCCAUCCCAGCGAUCUGACUAUCGCCCUCUCUGCAAGCACACCGCUUUACCCGCCCGGCCGCAUCAUCCAUGUGGUGCACAAUCAUCCCGCAGAGCAGUGCUGUUGCUGCGAGCAAGAGGAUCCCACUUACUUUGCCAUCUGGGGUGACAAUAAGGCGUUUAACGAAGUGAUCAUCUCGCCGGCGAUGUUGCACGAACACCUCCCGUAUGUGGUCAUGGAAGGGCUCAACAAGGUCUUGGAGAAUUACAACAAGGGGAAAACAGCUUUACUUUCUGCAGCCAAAGUGAUGGUGAGUCCUACAGAAGUGGAUCUCACCCCAGAGUUGAUCUUCCAGAGCCAGCCCUUACCUAGUGGACCCUCAGUGCAAAUUGGAACUGGAGCCGUAACAGUGGACAGAAGGAACAGCAGUACUAAGAGCAAGUCCCAUUCCGAAAUUAGCUUGGAGGGGUUUUAUGAGACAAAGCCGCUUUCUCCUGUGCAGAAAGACCCCGUGGAGCUGCUGCUUCUGGAUACAAAAGAACGUCUGUCUGUGGAGCUGCAGGACCGCCGUGCCCCUCUCGCGACCAUGGAGAGCCUCUCGGACAAUGAAUCCAUCUACAGCUUUGAUUCAAGGCGCUCCUCUGGUUUUCGGAGCAUCCGGGGCUCCCCCAGCCUCCAUGCUGUCAUGGAGAAGGAUGAGACGCACUGCUUUUAUAUAGACCCUGUGAUCCCCGAGGAGAAUCCCUCCCUCAGCUCGCGGACAGAGCUGUUGGCUGCUGAUAGCCUCUCCAAGCACUCCCAGGAGACUCAAGCCCCUGACAAUGUGCUCAACAGCGGUGGCACUACCCCCCAGCGACGCUGCAGUGAGGAAGGAGCCAGCAGUGAGGGGGACCGCGUUUCCUUAGCCCCUCGUGAAGAGCUGUCCCUCCAGAAUGGACGGCUCACUGAUGUUCCCAGUCCCCAGGUGCUGGAGUUUGCUGAGUUCAUAGACAGCCUCUUUAAUUUGGAUAGCAAAAGCAGCUCCUUCCAGGACAUCUACUGCAUGAUGGUGUCAGACAGCUCCAGUGACUUUGCAGAGAUGCCCAAGUCUGUCAGUGAUCAGGAGAUCCUGUUGAGGGCACAAUAUGAACCCAAUCUAGUCCCAAAGCCCCCGAGGUUGUUUGCAGGCUCAACAGAUCCUUCGUCGGGCAUCUCCGUCUCACCCUCUUUCCCCCUUAGUUCAUCUGGAGAACUCAUGGACAUCACUCCCACGGGUGUGAGCAGCCAGGAGUGCCUGGCCACUGACAAAAUCCGGACUUCUACCCCCUCUGGGCAUGUAACCAGCCCAGCCAAGCAGGACGACCUCAUGAUUUCAGCCCUCUAG